AUGGCGAGGGGAAGGGGGAAGGAGGUUGUAUAAGUAUCCGCUGAUUUCCUGUCUCCUACUACUACGAUUACAUCCUACAUACCUACCAUCCCCAACCAACGCCACCCACUCAAUUCACACCACCCCACCCCUCCACUCCCCCAAAAUGCGCCCCUCCCCCUCCCUCUCCCUCCUCCUCUCCCUCCCCCUCCUCACCCUCGCAUCCCCCGCCCUCCUCCCCCGCCAAGACACGACGCCCGACUACGGCUACUGGGACGCAACCGUGACGACGGACGCCGGCCGUCCCGGCUGGCAGACCCGCCAAGUCAGCGCAACGUACUACAACCCCGGCCUCGCGCAGCCGCUGUCCAGCACGUGCACGUGGAGCUUUGUGCCGCAGGGCACGAAUGGGCCGCCGGUGGAGACUAGUAGGUGUGAUAGGGAGGGGUUUGCGUAUGCGUGGGGGGCGCCGUGGUAUACGCUGAAUCUUACGCAGACGGUGGUGUUGGACGGCGGGGAGGAGGUGACGCUAUAUGGAGGAGCGUUGCUGGAGAGGAGGUGUGGACUUGGGGCUGGGAAUGCGUGUAGUGCGCAGGGACGCAUUGAGGCGGGUGUUACGCCGCUGUAGGGAGACUGUCUGGCAGGGCGCGGGGAGGGAAUUUGGUGAGUAGGUUGAGCGGUGCUAGGUGUUAUGUUGGGGUUUGGGAGAGUUGAGUUCUAAGGGAGGAGUUAGAGGGGUUGCUGUGAAGCGUGAGCUGAGGCCCGCCUUUGUAAUCAGCGGGAUUCAUGUGAUUGCUCCUCACGACAGGUAUGGUUCUCUCUGGAACUCUUCACUUCGACUCGUGGUCGAAGUGAUAGUGGAACAAGGCAGUCGCAUGCGUGGUGAGGUCGCGCCUUCUGCUCCUGCCUCGGCGAUCUGCGAAUACAUUAGCUUCAUCUACCACCUAGGAACACACCGUAUCUCCCCCGUC